AAAAUAUUGGCUCGAGCAAAGAAGGAAAAAGGAAUAAAAAGUUAAAAGAGAGUAUUAAUAAGGCUUUGGAAACAAUAAAAAAUGAAGAAUCAGAUAAGAAAGGUGAUGCAGUAAUAAUAUUUGAACCACUUCAAAUUGCUUGUCAGACAAGAGUAAUAAAUAUUAUGAUAAUAGCUUUAGAUUACACAAUAUGUGAUUGUUUCGUUGGUGAAAAUACAGAUGAUAAAGUUCAAUUGCAAAUAAUCAAGGCUUUACUUGCUGCUGUCUCCUCAAUAGACAUCCCAGUUCAUCAUUCAUCACUUCUUAAAUCAAUUCGUACAUCUUACAAUAUUUUUCUGCUUUCAAAAAAUCCUACUAAUCAAACGGUAGCACAAGGUACUUUAACCCAAAUGGUUAAUCAAGUUUUUGAAAAUAAAAAAAAUCGUUCAUCAUCAUCGUCUUAUAGUGUAAACUCCAAAUAUAGGUCAAAUGAAAUACAAAAGGUCAUUACAAGCACUACCGAAAUAAUAUCAACAACAUCAUCGUUAUCAACACCAACUGCAGUAGAAUUUGAUAAUGUAGUAGGAGAUACUGAAUCAGAGAUUGGCCAAUGGAAAAAUGCUCAUAAUUCUGUCGAUGAUCUUGUUAGGGUAGUCCAAGAAGAAAUAACCGAUGAUCCUUCCUCAAACAUCACUGAUACCUCCGCUACUGCCAUCAUUAAUAUCAAUGAUAAUGAUAAUGAUGCUACUGAUACCUUAGAAAAGAAUUUAACAUCGUAUGUAUCUAUUUAUCUAUUGAUUGUAUGA